AUGGCGGCUGCAGUGAUGGCGAUGGUGGCGUGUAGGGAUUUGAAGCCAGAGCUGUGGAAGAUUGGCUGGAAGCGCAAGUAUGUCUUUGUCUUGACUACAGACAUGGAAAUGUCCAAAGAAGAAGAAGCUAGUGGAUCGCAUAUCCAGUAUGAGAACCGUUGUGACCAGAAUGAAAAAGAGAAAGAAGAGAAGUGCCAGGUUUACUGUACUUCUGGUACACAAUUUGGAAAAUGCAAGGAAGUGAUGAAUUCCAGCCCUGCUGGAAUCUUUGACCCAAAUGAGAGUCUGGAUAAAUCAUCUGAUACUGAUGCACAGCUUAUUACCAGGAAGUUUCCACUUCUCUUUAUAGAUGAUAAGCAUGCUGACAAUUGUUUGGAUGGCUCAGUGCUAAAAGAAGGGAAUUUAUGUGAUGAGGGCGAAAGCGCCUUAAUUGAAAAACAGCUGAGUGAAAUGGCUAUCUCUGAACGCAAUGAUGAUGGUGAGCAAAAUACUGGUGAAAAUCUUUGCCAACCACCAAAUGCAGCUGAAAAGUUGUCAACUGAUGAAGAACCAAAACCUGUGGUAGAACAACCAAAGAAAAGGAAAAAUAAAACCAAACAUAUCUCUGUGACACCUGCUAAGCGAUGCUGCUUUCUGGGCUUGGUUGUGGUUGUUUUUGGGUGUGCCCUCUACCAAUUGCUCAAUGGUACCACUUUUCAGAGUACAAGUGAACUAUUUAUCCUUUCAGUUCCUGCAGGACGCAAAAAGCGUGGACCUUCAAAGAAGAAGCGCAUCUCCAAAAAAUCUAAGAAAUGCCAGACCAGGAGAGCUAUGUGCAAAAUACCUGGAUGUUUCUUGCUUGACCUUGAGAAGUCAAAGCAGUAUUCUGGAAAGAAUUUCAAGCAAAAUAAGGAUGAGCUGGUUCAGAAAAUCUACAACCUUUUUAACAGCUCUGUCUUUGAUAAAAAGAUGCCAGAGAAAAUAGAUAUUGGCUGGAAUAAAAAGAUGCUUAGAACUGCCGGUUUAUGUACAACUGGCGAGACAAAGCACCCAAAGAAGCGAUUUGCCAAGAUCCAGAUUGCUGUAAAAGUCUGUGACUCUGCAGACCGACUCCGGGAUACCUUGGUCCAUGAAAUAUGCCAUGCAGCCUCCUGGCUACUUGAUGGUAUCCGAGAUUCUCAUGGUGAUAUGUGGCAGUAUUAUGCCAAGAAAUCCAAUAUGGUACACCCAGAGCUGCCAAGUAUCACUCGUUGCCAUAGCUAUAAGAUUAACUAUAAGAUUAAUUAUGAGUGUACUCAGUGCAAAUCCAGGAUUGGCCGCUACACCAGAUCAUUGAACACUAAAUUCUUUAUCUGUGCUGUAUGCAAAGGCAGUCUGGUUGAGCUGCCGUUAACUCGCAAAGAUGGAACCCCCAUUGAGCCUCAUGUAAGACCAUUCGCCAAAUAUGUUAAGGAGAAUUACAGAAUAGUUCAACGUGAGCUGGAAGGAAAGGGCCAUGGUGAUGUGAUGAAAAGGCUCAGCCAGGAUUAUAUUGCAAAUAAACAAAAAAACAAGGUCAUUGAAGACUCCAUUGAUAAGAAGCAUUAA